AUGGCGACAACUCACGCACGAGUCCCCGGUGAGCCAACCCCGACGGGCAUGGCCAUCCUCGAGACCGCAACGGCCACAGCCCAAAGCUUCAGCCCCAUCAACAGCAUCCACCAGCACCUCUGCGCCUUCCACUUGUACUCCCACGACAUGACCCGUCAACUGGAAGCCCACCACUUCUGCGCCCACCAAAACGAAGAGAUGCGCCAGUGCCUCAUCUACGACAGCCCCAAGGCCAAUGCAAAACUCAUCGGCCUCGAGUACAUCAUCUCAGAGCUCCUCUUCCUCACCCUCCCCGACAACGAGAAGCUGCUCUGGCACUCGCAUGAGUACGAGGUGAAGAGCGGCGUUCUCUUUAUGCCGGGGCUACCAGGCCCCAUCCAGAGGCAGGACCUGGACAAGGUGUGCAAGACGUACGGGAAGACGAUUCAUUUUUGGCAAGUGGAUAAGGGGGAUGAGUUGCCGCUUGGGAUUCCGCAGGUUAUGUUGGCGUUGACCAGGGACGGUCAACUGCGGCCGGAGCUUGCGAUAGAUGUUCAGAUGAGGUACGGGGUGAGCUUCGAUGAGGAGAGAGAGAAACGAGCGUACAUGGCGGGGCCGAAGCUUGGGGUGCAUCCUUUGGCUAAUGGAGGAGGGAAAGGGUUGAAGACUGAGCUCAGGGAGACCGACUGCAUGCCUGUAGAUUCUGUUCCCAGGGUCUUUGUUUGA